AUGCCCGCGGACCUGAUGGAGAAGAGUUCCUCGUCGCCCGUGGCCGCCACCCCGGCCAGCAUCCACGCCACGCCCGACAAACCCCGCACGGCCUCAGACCACCGGAAGUCGUCCAAGCCCAUCAUGGAGAAGCGGCGGCGCGCGCGGAUCAACGAGAGCCUCGGGCAGCUCAAGACGCUCAUCCUGGACGCGCUCAAGAAGGACAGCUCCCGGCACUCGAAGCUGGAGAAAGCGGACAUAUUAGAGAUGACAGUGAAGCAUUUGAGAAACCUGCAGCGAGCGCAGAUGACGGCCGCGCUGAAUACAGACCCCACUGUGCUGGGUAAAUACCGGGCCGGAUUCAACGAGUGCAUGAACGAGGUGACCCGCUUCCUCUCCACCUGCGAGGGGGUGAACGCUGAGGUGCGGACCCGACUGCUCGGACACCUGGCCAGCUGCAUGAGCCAGAUCAACGCCAUGAACUAUCCUGCCCCUCAGCCGUCCUCCGCUGCACUGCCGCCGCCACCCCACCCCGCACCCCCUGGGGGCCAGCACGGCCCCUCUUUCGGGCAGCCCCUGGUGCAGAUCCCAGCUGGCGCGGUGCCCCCUGCUGCCAGCGUCGUGCCUUGCAAGCUGGGCAACCCCGCCGGGGAAAGCGCCAAGGUGUAUGGAGGCUUCCAGCUGGUGCCAGCCUCUGACGGGCAGUUCGCCUUCCUCAUCCCCAGCACGGCCUUUGGGCCCCCGCACAGCAACGCCGUCAUCCCCCUCUACGCUGACGGGGGCAUGGGGUCAGGGUUGCCCCCCGCUGCCUCCGUCUCUCCCGCGUCUGGCGCCCCGUCGCUUUCGGCAGAUUCGGUGUGGAGGCCUUGGUGAAAGCAGGCGAGUGGGCUGGAGGCCUGCCCACCCUUCGGCCUCUGGACUUUGGGUCAGGACUUGGAGUGCCCCCCACCCCUGUGGCCCAGGGCUCUGGGUUCUCUUCCUCCA